AUGAAUGAUAGCUCGGAUACUAUUCACUGGUCUGAGCCCCAUUGCUCAAAGGAUGCUUUAACUGAUACAUAUGGAUGGUUUCUGCAAUUUCUACUUGCUGUAUUGGCGUUUACGUGCCUAAUAGGUAAAAGAUUUUGUGAGCCAAAAUAUGCAAGAAGACCGUGGCUUAUUUGGUUUUAUGACACAUCAAAACAAGGUUUAGGUGCAUUAAUUAUACAUGCUGCUAAUGUUUGGUUGUCACCAUAUCAGACAGGAAACCCUUGCACUUGGUACAUAGUCAAUUUUAUGUUAGAUUCAACCCUUGGACUGUUAAUAAUAUGGGCUGGGAUAAGACUUGCCCAAUACUAUGCUAGAGUUUAUGAUAUUCCACUUAUAAAUUUUGGUGAAUAUGGUAAACCACCAAUGUGUUCUGCAUGGUUAUGCCAGGGUGUAUUAUAUGCUGCACUGGCGACUUUUGCUAAGUCAAUGCUAGCAUUAGUUCUUCAGCUGCCACUAGUUCAGGCUGUUUUAUCUACGCUACGGCUAUCUCCUGUCUCAGACCCAAGACUGGAAUUGGCUAUUGUAAUGCUCAUUAUACCAUUUUUUGUUAAUAUUUUAAUAUUUUGGGUGACAGACAAUUUCCUCAUGUACCAUCCCCGAGGAGUGAGCUCCAAGUUAAAGACGAAGGUGCGGUACCAGUCGAUAAAGAAAGAUAAGAGCUGUUCCGAUGAAGAAGAACAUUCGGCAGACGAGAGACUCCUCGGCGCCAGUGUGUGA